GAACACGAAUACACUUGACUACACCCAACCAAAGCAUAUCUUUUCACGCAUUUUCUUUCCUCUUAUAUUAUUCUCCUCUUCUCCUUCCUUAUCCAUCCCCCCCUCCCUUUUAACUCACUGAGUUCAUCACGAUUCUCACCGAGUUCCGUCGUUUUUCGCUAUGAAAGGAGGCAAAUCCAAGUCUGAAUCCAAAAAGCCCGAUAGCAGGCUUGCGGUGAAGAAGAAGGCAGCACCGGCGAAGAAAGCAGCGCCGGCAAAGAAGGCUAAGGAGGCUAAGGAUCCUAACAAACCGAAACGACCUGCUAGUGCCUUCUUCAUCUUCAUGGAGGAUUUCCGGAAACAGUAUAAGGAAAAACAUCCAAACAACAAAUCCGUGUCCGUCGUCGGUAAAGCUGGUGGUGACAAAUGGAAAACAUUGUCCGCAGCUGAGAAAGCUCCAUAUGUAUCCAAGGCAGAGAAGAGGAAGUCCGAAUACGAUAAAACACUCCAGGCCUACAACAAGAAAUUGUCGGAGGGAAAGGACGCCGAAGAAGAAGAGGAGGAGGAGGAAUCUGACAAAUCAAAGUCAGAAGUCCAUGACGAUGAAGAAGAUGACGAUGAUGAUAGUGGAGAGGAUGAUGAAGAUGACGAUGAGUGAAGAAGAAGGUAUGCUGGGAAGGGGAAAAAGGUUGUGUAGGAGUUUGAAAAAGAAGAAAUUUGGGGCAAGUUCUUAAAAAAACUGCCUUUUUUAUGAAUCCUCUUUUUUUAGGGAUGGUUAAUUUGGAUGGUAAGAGUGAUUAGAAAUGGAAAGUAGGUUCAGCUGGGGAGGGCUGAACUUCAUAUCCUAUGUGUACUUUUGGUCCUUAAAUUUGAUCUUAAUCAUAAUUCUAGCUUUAGAUUAUAACU